AUGGAAACUGAAAUAGAUACUUUAAUUAACGAAAUAGAAAAAAGGCCUGUCAUAUGGGACAUGACAACGCAUGAAUACUCAAACCGUACCAUAAAGAGAAGUUGGGAAGAGUUGAUGCUUGUCUUUGGUGGUCCUGAGUAUUCAGAAGAGAAAAAGAAAAAUUUAGGUAAUUAAUCUUUUAAUUUAUAUUUAUAGUAUAAUACGUAGAUUAUUUAUAUAACCCUGAGUCACUAUCUUUACCAUAACUUCCAAUGUCGACCCAUAUAAAACCAUAGUUUGAAUCACACAAAGCCAUCAAAACGAGAGAGAAAAAAUUGUUAUAAUUGUAAUAAAUUGAACCGUGGUGAACCGAAUGGUGGUUGAGUAAUUCGUAUAUGCUUCUCAUCUAUCAGUCAUAUUUUUAAUAAUCAAUAGUAAUUUUACAUAUUUUUUACAAGACUUGGCAAUAACGAGUUGAAAGUUAAAAUAAUUUUUUUAAUAAAGGUAAUUAUUUAUAUAAAUAAAUGAAAAGCUAUAAAUUUAUAUAAAAAAUAUUGUUUUUUUUUUUUAAAUUAACGUUUUUUUAUCAAUAGUAAUCAAUCAGCCUCACCUAUUGCUCCAAUACAGUUUGGGAAUUUUGCACGUUUUUCAAAUCCUGUUGAAAUUUCUACCCAUUUCUGUUUAUUAGGUUCACUAAUUAUAGUAUUUUUUAAUUUAAUUCAUAUGAUUUGGCAUACUUGGCGUAUUAUACCACUCAAAGUAGAUAUUCCAAUUUCGUAAUUAUAUUGUAAAUUGGUUAUCGAGCAACCUGUUGACAAAUAUCGGAAAUAUAAAAUAAAAAAAUAAUUUAUGAUUAUUUUUUAUAUAUAGACUAUAUAGACUACUUUUUUCCGUGUAUUUUCAUAACUUUGACUAAAUAUUAUAUGAGAUAUUUUGAUACUUUUUAAUGCAUAGAAAUGCAUGGGCACAGUUUACAUGAGUCAUGAUAUGUUUACCUGUACUUUGGGCGCAGUAUACAAUCUGAUUUUUUGUUUUAGGAUUAGAAUUACAAAAGAGAUGGAAGGGUAUUCAAAAUGCAUAUGUAAAGGAAUUAAAAAAAAUAAAAUAAGUCAAGUCUGGAUUGGGAGCAGUGAAGUUGUCAUAUUUAUAUUAUAGAAGGUUGCAAUUUCUACAGCCAACAAUAAAAAGAAAUUCUACUGAGAAUAGUUUUGAAACUGCGGAUGUUGGCGGUGAUGACAAUUUAGAAUCAUCGAUUGAAAACCCAAUUGAGGAAGAUAGUUCAAGAGCUCAAAACGAGAAAGGUACUUUUAAAAGUCCUUUUCAGCAACGAAAAAAAAUAAAACUUUCUUCUGAUGAGCACUUUACAAACAUUAUAGAAAAAAGUUUAAAUCAUAGAAUACUCUAG